CCCCACGAUGUUCCAGCUGCCGCUGCUCAACUUCAGCGCCCAGCAAGUGGCCGGCGUGUGCGAGACGCUGGAGGAGAGCGGCGACGUGGAGCGCCUGGGCCGCUUCCUGUGGUCGCUGCCCGUGGCCCCCGCCGCCUGCGAGGCGCUGAGCCGCAACGAGUCCGUCCUGCGGGCCCGCGCCGUCGUGGCCUUCCACGGGGGGCACUUCCGCGAGCUCUACCACAUCCUGGAGUCGCACAAGUUCCCCAAGGAGUCGCACGCCAAGCUGCAGGCGCUCUGGCUGGAGGCCCACUACCAGGAGGCCGAGAAGCUGCGCGGGAGGCCCCUGGGCCCCGUGGACAAGUACCGCGUGCGGAAGAAGUUCCCACUCCCGCGCACCAUCUGGGACGGAGAGCAGAAGACGCACUGCUUCAAGGAGCGCACGCGGCACCUGCUCCGCGAGUGGUACCUGCAGGACCCCUACCCCAACCCGGGCAAGAAGAGGGAGCUGGCCCAGGCCACGGGACUCACCCCCACGCAGGUGGGGAACUGGUUCAAGAACCGCAGGCAGAGGGACCGCGCCGCCGCCGCCAAAAACAGGCUGCAGCAGGCCUCCUUGUGCUCGGCGGGGGCGGCGGGGCCGGGCCGGGCGGCGCUGGCCUCGGAGGAGGAGAGUGCCGGGGAGCCGCUCCUGGGCUCGGCCUCCAGCCCCGCCGCCAGCCUCUCCAGCAAAGCCGCCGCCUCCUCCGCCAUCUCCAUCACCUCCAGCGACAGCGAGUGCGACCUGUGAAGAAGAAGAGAGGACCAGGAGGAGAAGGACGAGGUUGCAGGACAAAAGGACAGAAGGACAGCGAGGGGCGAACUGAGCCAGAUCCUCCUCCUCCUCCGACCUGUGUCCUGUGCCUUCCUGCUGAGCGCUCAGCUCUUUCAGGGCUGGAGGAGGAAAAGGAGGAGGACUAUCCAAGGCAAAAUGCCCCCAAAACGAGCUCAAAAAUCCCAAAAACUUUAUGGGGAAAGAGAGAGAAAUUGAGAGAGACUCCGCUCCGCAUCUCCGAGCCUCAUCCUCGCCUUUGUUGCUCUUCGAAGCAGGACUAGAUGCCUCCAGACAAGACAAAAUCCAUUCACAAAAUAAAAACCCAGAAGGAGAAGGGGCCGCCGAAGGUGAGAGUGGCUUCCAAAAACUCAAAACUUCUUUGGGAUUGAGAAAAAGGACUCCGAUCCCGAAGCGCCGCGCAUCCUCUCCUUUGCUGCUCUUCAAACCAUACAGAAUGAAAUAACACCAAGAGAAAGAAUGACUUGGGGGAGAAAACCAUGAAAAGCCCAUUCUAUUGUCUACCAUAAUUUUCUUUCCACAAACUUGGAAACUUCCAGUUGGGUGUUUUUUUGUUUGUUUGUCAUAGUUUGGUUUUACUUCCAGAAGGUUUUUUUUAUAUAUAUGUAUAAAAUAUAUAAAUAUAUAAAUAUUCUAUAUAAUGUUUAUUGACUUAUUUAAAGAAUUCUCUGUCGGUAGGGUCGUUUGGAUUUGAUUACAAUUAUUACUAUGAUUAAUUAUUAUUAAUAUUAUUAUAUUAAUUAUUAUUUCGGUGUUGGUUUCACUCCCUGAAGUGCACAAGUCUCUUGCGCACAUGUGUCUGGGCCCAUAACCCUUUGUGGGGGAUCUGAGCUGUUAGGCUCAAAAAUAACCCUCAGUUUGGGGUGAUUCCACCAUAAAUAUAGCAGAGUACCAGAAGUAAACUUCAUAACCAACAGAAACUUACUAUGUGGUGAGCUAGGAUAAGCUUCCAUUUGUCAGGAUGGUUUAGGAUUACAGAGUCAGAUCUUUAGGUUCAGAAAUAUUUAUUGAAGUAAAAGAAAUGCAUUCUUGAUAGAAAAGGUCUUGAAGCUAACUAGCUUACUAAGUCUUAUUUUCUAUAGAGGUAAAAGGGUUAAAAAGUUCAAGCAACUACAUCUUGCUUAGAGAGAGGCAAGAUGAGCAUCCUCAUAGGUAGAAAGAAAAAGCAGAAGAGAAUGGCAAAUGGUCAUAUGGACAGCAAAGGACAAUAAAACUUAAAAAGGAAGUUGCCUCACAGAAUUCCAUUGCUACAUCAUCAAAGUGAGACAAAGAAAAUGGCUAGCAGGAGGAUGAAAGACAAAGAAAUCCCUUUCUGGAAAAAAAAAGAUACAUAGGAAUGUGUGGAAAGGAAUCCCUCAGUCUGGCCCUGUCGCUAGACUAGCUGCUCAUUGAGGACUGGAAACUUGAUGACAUAAGAGACUUGUGCAGUUCAGGGAUGAAACCCAACAUUUGGAGCUUGAGGCCUGUGUGCACAGUUUCUUCCUUUCUUUUCAGUGGAGCAUGUGUGGAGGACCAGGUAUUGUACAGGGAGGGAGGGCUGCCAGAACACAAGAGAAACUAAAGAAAAAAACAACAGUUUCAGUGUAAUAAACAAUGUUGAGUGAGUGAAACUAA